UAUUGUAGCUUCUUAAUAUUGUUUUGUCGUUCGUUUGACAGUUUGUAUGUUGUCAAAUGAGUAGAUACGGUGGUGUUUUUAUACAAAGGAAAGAAUAAAUAUUUUAAAUUCAUUUAAUAUAAUGUAUAUUGAUAUAAAAUAAAAAAAAUAUAUAUCAUAUGAAUUAUGGAGACUACUCCGCUUUUGGCACGGCCUAAAAAGAAAUCAAUAUGGUCUAGAUUCAACUUCUCGAGGUUUCGUAAACGUGAAUUAUGUUCGAGAGUAAUAUACUUAGGACAAUUGCCUGAAGAAGAAUAUCCUUCCAACUAUGUUUGUAAUCAGAAAUACAACAUCAUCACAUUCCUUCCAAUUGUUCUGUUUGAACAGUUCAGGUUUUUCUUGAAUCUAUAUUUCUUGGUGAUGGCUAUUAGCCAGUUCAUUCCCAGUAUUAGAAUUGGAUACUUGUAUACUUAUUGGGGACCUCUAUGUUUUGUCCUCGCUGUCACACUCUUCAGAGAAGCUAUUGAUGACUUUAGAAGAUACAGACGAGAUAAGGAAGUAAACAGGCAGCGAUAUGAACGCAUAGUAUUAGACUCCGAUAUAAACGGAUACCGACCAUUCAUCACGGAACAUGUUCCUGCAUCAACACUGCGUGUGGGUGACAUUGUAAUGCUCCACAAAGGGCAACGAGUACCCGCUGACAUGAUUUUACUUCGAACUAAUGAGACUAUGGGAACAGUUUUUAUAAGAACUGAUCAGCUUGACGGUGAAAUAGAUUGGAAAUUAAGAAUACCACUGCCUUCGACACAAAAACUUCCGACCGACGCUCAUUUGCUCGACAUAAAUGCCCAACUAUUCGUCGAGAAGCCAGAGAAAGAUAUACAUUCGUUUAUCGGCACGUGCACCCGCCUGGACGAAGAGGAGAGCGACUCCUUGGACAUCGAGAACACGCUGUGGAGCGGCUGCGUCGUAGCCUCGGGACAAGCUACCGGACUUGUUAUUUACACAGGCAGUGAGACUCGUAGUGUCAUGAACAACGCGACGCCUCGUUCGAAAGUCGGCCGGCUAGAUCUACAAAUCAACGAUUUCACGAAGGUGUUGUUCGUGGCCACGAUGUUCAUAUCCCUCCUACUCAUCGUGCUGAAGGGAUUCGACGGGCCGUGGUACUGGUUCAUGUUUAGAUUCGUACUUCUCUUCUCGUAUAUCAUACCUAUAAGUCUGCGAGUUAAUUUAGACAUGGGCAAGGCGUUCUACUCCUGGACGAUCCAACGUGAUAAAAAUAUUGAAGGCACCGUCAUGCGUUCCACCACCAUACCCGAGGAACUCGGCCGGAUACAGUAUCUGCUGGCAGAUAAAACAGGAACAUUGACUAAGAAUGAAAUGGUCUUCCAGAAACUUCACCUCGGAAACGCCCUUUUUGAUAAGAAUAAUUUUUAUGAGGUGGAAGCGUUCCUAACACAACACAUCACCAACGACGCGGCGGGGCCCGCGCCGCCCGCGGGGGACGCGGGGGACGCGCCGCCCGCGCCGCCCGCGCCGCGGCACGUGUGGCAAGCGGUGCUCGCGCUGGCGCUGUGCCACAACGUCACGCCCGUGUACGACGUGGACGACCAGCGGGCUGAUGAGGCGCAGUCGGAUAUGGGCAGUUCCGUAAUGUCCGAGAGUUGCGGUGGCGCAGUUCCGCAGCAACAGCUGUGCGACUAUCAAGCGGCCAGUCCGGACGAAGUUGCACUUGUCAAGUGGACUGAUAUGAUGGGCGUGUCCCUCUACAGACGUGACUUGCACAAUAUAUCACUGAAACUUCGUGCCGCCAACGAGAUCGUGUCCUACAACAUACUGCAGCUAUUCCCCUUCACCAGCGAGAGCAAGAUGAUGGGUAUCAUUGUUCAGGAAGAAAACUCUCAAGCAAUAACUUACUACGUAAAGGGGGCUGACGUGGCACUGUCCAAGCUCCUGAACUCAUCCUGGCUGUCGGCGGAGUGUACGAAGCUAGCGGCCGAAGGUCUUCGCACGCUGGUCGUCGCCAAGAAGACUCUCACAAAGAACGAGUACUUGGAGUUUGAGAGCGAGUACAAGGAGGCGCGGCUGAGCGUGACGGCGCGCGCCGAGCGCACGGCGGCGUGCGUGGCGCGGCUGCAGCGCGGCCUGGCGCUGCUGGCGCUCACGGGCGUGGAGGACCGCCUGGCCGAGCGCGUGCCGCAGACGCUGGCGCAGCUGCGCGCCGCCGGCGUCAAGAUCUGGAUGCUGACGGGCGACAAGCUGGAGACGGCGCUGUGCAUCGCGCGCUCGCUGCAGCUGGGCGGCGGCGCGCGCUGGCUGGCGGCGCCCGAGUGCGGCUCGCGCCGCGCCGCCUACGCGCUGCUCGACUCGCUGGCCGCCGACGCCGACCGCACCGACCUCAUCCUCGAGGGGGAGACGCUCGAGGUAUGUCUUCGGUCGUACGAGGAGGAGUUCGUGGAGUUGCUGUGCAAGUGCUCGGGAGUGGUGGUGGCGCGCUGCUCGCCCACACAGAAGGCUCGUGUGGCGCGGUUGUUGCGCGCACGAGGGCUCGUCGUGGCCGCCGUGGGAGAUGGUGGGAACGACGUUGCCAUGAUACAGGAAGCGGACAUGGGCGUGGGCAUCGCGGGCGCGGAGGGGCGCGCGGCGUCGCUGGCGGGCGACGUGAGCGUGCGCGCCUUCGCGAGCCUGGCGCGCCUGCUGCUGCUGCACGGCCGCCGCUCGCUCAUGCGCUCCGCCGCGCUCUGCCUCUUCAUCGUGCACCGCGGCCUCAUCGUCUCCACCAUGCAGGCUGUGUUCUCCGUAGUAUUUUACUUUUCGUCAGUAUCACUCUACCCUGGAUUCCUUAUGGUCGGUUAUGGCACUGUUUUCACCAUGCUGCCAGUAUUUUCAUUAGUAUUGGAUAAGGAUAUAUCAAGUACAACAGCACUGAGGUACCCACAACUAUACAAACAGUUGACGAAAGGACGACAACUAUCGUACAAAACGUUUUACAUAUGGAUCGGGAUAUCUAUUUAUCAAGGUGGUGUAAUAAUGUACGGAGCGCUGGUCCUAUUCGAAGAGCAGCUGAUCCACAUCGUAGAGAUCAGCUACACGGCGCUAAUCCUGACGGAGUUGAUCAUGGUGGCGCUGACCGUAGACACCUGGCACCGCCUCAUGAUCCUCGCGGAACUGAUCAGUCUUCUCAUGUACACCGCCACGCUGCUCAUCUUUACCACCUACUUUGACGCAGAUUUCAUAAGACACUGGGACUUUUGGUGGAAAGUAACAACGAUAACACUCGUGUCCUGCUUGCCGCUGUACAUCGUCAAGCACAUGCACCGGAAGUGGAGCAACCGCCAGUACAAAGACAUACAGAAAUAACGUAACUACUAUUAUUAGUCAUUUAUAAGUAACAUUUUGAACAAAUUAGUCUUACAUUUCUAACCUUUAUAUUGUACGUAUGUUAGGGUGGUACUAGACCGGUUGAUCGAUUAUCGAUAAUUGUUGAAAAGACCCACAUUGAUACACGGUCGAUCGAUGUCUGAUCGACGUUUUGUCGAACAGUAUCUGUUGAUCAGCAAAAGCUACUAUAACCUAUUCCAAUCAAAGUAGGAAUAAAGAUAAACAAACCUUAGAAUAACGAAUUUCAUACGAUUGGCUAGUAACUCAGCGAGAUUGUGCGCUACUAAGAGUUUAUGAUUAAUAUAUCUUUGUUUAUAAUACAAUACUAUUACACUUACAACUACUUAUAUCUACUUUAAUUUUACUUCAAAAAUUCCGAUAACAGUUUCGUCUAUGUUCAAAACGCAUUUUUUCGCAAAUCCACAGUGAAUAUCAUAGAUUAAUCAAGCUCUCGACCAAUGAUAUCGCGUCAAUUUGCUGUCAAAUGUUUAUUUAGCUUUUCCUCUUAUGGUUGGAAUAGAGUAUAGAUAAAUCUAUAGAUCGGUGUGAUAACACCCUUAUAUUUGUUUUUAUUUAUAUCCCCUUCGUUAAUCUUUAGUAUUAAUCAAAUAGUAUUGGGCGUAGAUUUAUUUUCUUUCUAAUUUAAUUUCUACCGUAUUCUUUGUAAGUAUUAUGUUCAAAAUGUAACGACGAAAUAUAAAUCUGAUUUUAUUAAUAUUAUUAUCCAUUUGUGAUAUAAGAAAAUUAUUUAAUGUGUUCAAAAUUAUAUUCACAAAUUUUAAGUGACAAUUGCUAUAAUAUUCAGUGCCUUUUAUUGUCAGUAUUCUAAAGUUAUAUAUUGAUAAAACGACAUCUUUAUUAUUUGAAAAUAAAAUUUUGUCAGAAAGUAUUUUCCUUUGUCGUAGUUUUUCUAGGUUUCUCUGCACUCCAUGAUGUUUCAAAAACGGUUAUUUGCCCAUCGAUAUUUAUAUUCAUUAUAAUGAAAUAAAAGUCUAUAACUUUUCAACUUGGACAGCAAUAAUAUUUUUAUUAAUUUGCUUUUAUAAUUUAUAGUAGUACUAAGGACUCGGUACCCAAGCGCGUAAGACGCGGAAGCAGGAUAGUAUGUUCGACGGCAUAUGGCGCUCUUUGUCGCACUUUUACCUUAUGGAACGCCGAAGAGACGCUCCACGCUCGUAUUGAUUUAAUGUUACGAUAAAAAAAGAAAUAGUGUUAAGAAAUGAAAUCAUCAUUAUAAUUUGGUAUCGUUCAAAUAUAAACAUUAGAUUAUAAAUGGUUGAACUUAGUUGUAGUAACUGUUUUAUAAUUAUUCUGAAAUCAAAAACAGUUAUAUUCAAACAUGCCAAUAACAUAAUAAGAAAUUGAUCCGAGGCGCCAUGCAAUUAGUCGCAACACACAAACGCAUUGAGCAUACUGACAAAGGCAGUUAUUUAAACUGCGGGCAGCGAGUCUUUAAAUAUUAUAUAAAUUUUCCUUUGCAUAAAUAAUUAUCCAAGUGACCAAAAUAUUUAAUGUAUCAUUUUCACUUUAUAAUAAAACAACAAUGAUUCUAAUUGUUGGGAUAAGAAUCUAUUAUAUUCAUUCUUAAUAUUUGAAUGUAUUUUAUUGAUAGAAUCAUAAUUAAAUCAGAAUAUACAUUCUAUGAAAAGAGUACCUAGUUAAGGCAGUGUUUAUGAUGUUUUAUGCUAAAAUUUUAGUGACAAUAAACAGAUCAAUCUUCUCAGCAUAAAAUAUCUGUUCGUCAAGAAUAUUUUUUUCUUUUUGUUUUGGAUCAAAAAUGUUUUACUUUUGUCUUAGUUUUGCGAUAUCGUUUGAUCUUGAACUGUACACUUAAAUUUAUUUUUGUUAUAAAUUUAGAUGUUAGAUAUUAAAUGAAAUAUUACUGUGAUUACAAUAUUCGAUAUAUAGUUGUAAGGACAACUUAUUCCAUAAUAUAUUAAUGUAAGUAAUUAAUGACAGUUAUCAAGGUACAAAGUGUGUUAUUUGUGAUAUGUAUAUUUAUUUGAUAGUUUAUAAAUGCGUUAGAGAUUUAUUUUUUUUGUUUAAAGUAUUUAUUUAUUGUCAUUAUAUCAACUAUUUUAUUUUACGUUACUCUCGUGACGUUUGUGUAUGACACAGUACCUAAUAAAAUAUUAAUAAUAACGUA